GAUGGCGUGACAAUUCGCACAACAGACGAUUCGUGUCUGAAACGUCUGUUUAUGUCCCAGGAAUUGUUUAUAAUUCUAUAAACAAUUAUAAAAAAAAUGGGACGAAGUCGUUCACCGUCACCUCGACGGAGAGACAGAUCCAGAGAUCGUUCACGAGAGCGAGAACGAGAUAGAGAUCGACGGAGAAGACGUUCCAGGGAGAGACGAAGAAGAUCAGUGGACAGAGACAGGGGAAAAUCGAGGGAUCACGAGAGGAACAGAGAGAGGGAGAGACACAGAAGAUCGUAUUCAAGGUCUAGGUCCAGGUCGAGGGACAGAGAACGUCAGAAGCCAAAACACAAACCAGCCACUGCAGAGAGACCUGAAUUGACAGAGGCUGACCUCCAGGGGAAGACUCCAGAGGAGCAAGAGAUGAUGAAACUCAUGGGAUUCUGUGGUUUCGACACGACAAAAGGGAAGAAAGUCGAUGGAAACGAUGUGGGAGGUGUUCACGUGAUCCUGAAGAGAAAAUACAGGCAGUACAUGAAUCGGAAGGGUGGAUUCAACAGACCUCUGGAUUUCGUUGCUUAAAUUCUUUAUUAGAAAAAAUAUAUUCAAUAUUUAACUUAUGUACCAAUAAUCAAGGGCUGACUUCGCGUUUUGGUUUUUUCGGUGAUGGCUG